AUGUGUCGCGAAGAGCAUGUGCGCCACUAUCAACAGCAGGGGAAGUCCAUGGAUCUCAACGCGGUCGUACCGUUUGGGAAGGCAGGCGCAUGGCUCCAACAUGCAGGAACGGCAGUCGACACAAGUUCCAGUGCCGCUUGGCGGAAGCCCACACGAUCGCCGCUGUGGGGGACGGCGGUUUUGAAACGUGUUGCUCACGAGUCACGAGUCACGACUGACGAUGAUGAUGAUGUUGGCCACAAAGGGUCCAGCCCCACGGGGCUUCGCCGCUGCGGAACGGGACCCAUCAUCGGUGACGCGAACAGCAACUGCGCUCGAUUCCUCCCAGGCUGCCGGAAUGUCAUGACGCCAACCAUUGGUCUGCAAGUUGAUAUGGAUAAGCAGGGGGGCCGGAAACCACGCAACGACGAUUGCGGCUCUGAUAUCUCUCCAGCUGGAGGCUGA